AUGAAGUGUCCGCAGUGUCCAGUCACACUGCGGCCUGCUAACUAUAGCGGGCCACAGGCGCCAGCAUGUCCUGAUCUCUCAGAACAGGCGCCAGCAUGUCCUGAUCUCUCCCAACAGGCGCCAGCAUGUCCUGAUCUCUCCCAACAGGCGCCAGCAUGUCCUGAUCUCUCCCAACAGGCGCCAGCAUGUCCUGAUCUCUCCCAACAGGCGCCAGCAUGUCCUGAUCUCUCAGAACAGGCGCCAGCAUGUCCUGAUCUCUCCCAACAGGCGCCAGCAUGUCCUGAUCUCUCCCAACAGGCGCCAGCAUGUCCUGAUCUCUCCCAACAGGCGCCAGCAUGUCCUGAUCUCUCCCAACAGGCGCCAGCAUGUCCUGAUCUCUCCCAACAGGCGCCAGCAUGUCCUGAUCUCUCCCAACAGGCGCCAGCAUGUCCUGAUCUCUCCCAACAGGCGCCAGCAUGUCCUGAUCUCUCCCAACAGGCGCCAGCAUGUCCUGAUCUCUCCCAACAGGCGCCAGCAUGUCCUGAUCUCUCCCAACAGGCGCCAGCAUGUCCUGAUCUCUCCCAACAGGCGCCAGCAUGUCCUGAUCUCUCAGAACAGGCGACAGCAUGUCCUGAUCUCUCCCAACAGGCGCCAGCAUGUCCUGAUCUCUCAGAACAGGCGACAGCAUGUCCUGAUCUCUCCCAACAGGCGCCAGCAUGUCCUGAUCUCUCCCAACAGGCGCCAGCAUGUCCUGAUCUCUCCCAACAGGCGCCAGCAUGUCCUGAUUUCUCCCAACAGGCGCCAGCAUGUCCUGAUCUCUCCCAACAGGCGCCAGCAUGUCCUGAUCUCUCCCAACAGGCGCCAGCAUGUCCUGAUCUCUCCCAACAGGCGCCAGCAUGUCCUGAUCUCUCCCAACAGGCGCCAGCAUGUCCUGAUCUCUCCCAACAGGCGCCAGCAUGUCCUGAUCUCUCCCAACAGGCGCCAGCAUGUCCUGAUCUCUCCCAACAGGCGCCAGCAUGUCCUGAUCUCUCCCAACAGGCGCCAGCAUGUCCUGAUCUCUCAGAACAGGCGACAGCCAGGCGCAACCCAAAAGGUGGCACGGGCAUGAAUAGCCCGUAA